AUGUCAAUCGCUUCAUCGAUGCUUGGGACCUAUGCUGGUGAUCAUAAUCUUCGACUUAGAGAAUUUUCAAAGAGUCCUCACGAUCGUGCUUACACAUGGUAUAUCAACGUUUGGCACCAGGCUCUAUUCCUCUUGGGAAGCUUGGCAAGCAGGUUUUGUAAGAAGUAUUUCCAGCAUGAAGAACGAGUCACCACCACUCAACUCAAACAACUCGCCAAAAGCAUGUCAAUUUUCUCGGCUGCUGGAAGCUGUGAGGAAGACAAGCAUGUCAGUCAAGCUACCAGACAAAGGACUUGGAGGAAUGAGAAGAAGGAAGCGCAUCAGACAUUAGCAAUAGAUGACAAGCCAUCCAACGACUACAAUUCAUGCAAACGGAAGGAUAGGGAGACGUAUCCACCACUACCAUGCAAAGUUGAAGAAUUUCAUGUUAUCCUUGACACGAUGAUUGCUGAUGGCGUAAUCAAACCUGUUAGACCCUACAAAUUCCAACUCGAGAGGAAAAGAAUGAUCCUAGGUACUGCUGUUAUCAUCAAUUUGUGGGCCAUCCAACCACUGCCUGUCAGAGUCUGA